UUGUAACUCGUCACAUAUGCUAAUGUUACGUCAACACAAUACAGUUGUGUCAAUCAAGUUCUGGAUAAAUAGAAGUGACUCGCAGGCUGUGAUCAGUCACUCAGUUUGCAGGGCGAGCCAUAAGAAAGAACAUUACAUCGCAAGAUUUUGAAGGACGCUGCAGAAGGCCGAGCAAGUUAGAACAGAACAUAUCUAUUUAGGUGUGUAUCCAAAGGUGAACUGCUUGUUUUUACUAUAAUUUUGUUACAUUUUUAUGUUGGAUGACGCAACUCCGAGUUGCUCCACAGCCAAGGGCAAAAUGAAAUUUGCUUUGCUGCAGUGGGAAUCUAACCAGCCAACUUUAUGUUACUAGUCCAAUAUGACUCCAAUUCCCUACUUACUAAACAGGAGGGCAAUUUUCUGUGUUCUAAAUUUAUUUGGUAUCAUGCUUCCCGUUAAAAAAUUGGUAUAAAACUGGUCUAAAAACGGUGUAUGCUGACUAAUAUAUAUUUUCCCAGUAUUAUACUUGUAGAAUGUUGAUUCACUGUUAUAAAUUCACAGUAUUUCAUGCAUUUCAGAUUCUUAACUAUAAAUCUUUUCCAUUGAAUGAAUAUCCAUAUAUGUAGAUAUGAUGACAACGUAUACUGUAUAAUUCACUAAAAUGAAGUUCAAAUAUUCAAAGUGUUAGCUGAGAGGCCCACCAAGGGGUUAUGACAGACAGGCGACAUUCCUUAUGACUGGGAAAAAGCGACAAAUUGCGAUUUGUGUUAUGGGUCAAAAGUGACAGCGACAUUUAUUACAAUAAAACAAGCGAUAAAGCAGCUAGAAAAGGAGUGACAAGCGACCUGGGUUACACCCUUGGUGAGCCACUUAGCAUAGUUUCAAAGUGUUAGCUAUUUACAUGAUAUUGGCUCAUGGUUUUAAAGGCAGCCAUAUAUCUAUGCAUACCAUCGGAAUUGUAAGGUCAACCAUAAGCUCUUUGGUUGUUGCAGCAUGAGCAAAUGGUGGGCGGACCAAGUCUAACAUGCUCUAAAUAUAAUUUAGCCGCGAUUUUGAUAUCCUGCGGGUAGCCCCAUACCACGUAAACGAGGGAAGGGACUGCGAAACAAUGCCGAAUAGCAUGCUACGUGCUUUACGUGGUAUGGGGCUGCCCGCAGGCUACGAUUUUGAUCGCUUUGCAAAAAAAAUCAAUUAUCCCGGGACAAAUUGUUCGCUUGAGGGAAAGUUGUCUUGGCUAGACGAGUGUCCCAUGUCCACAGAGGCGAGUCACUCGGGUCAAUUCCUGUCCCAGGACAAGUAAAAUGCCAACAUUUUAAACGCCAACAUUAGGUCAACUCCUCUUGACCUAUUCUAAUGCUUUGCUAGGUCUCUAAUUACUGACCAUUAUAUCUUUAAUUUACUAAUAUUUUUAACGAUAGGUUGUUUUUCAUCCCUUCCUCUUAUUCGCUUAUUUGAAUAUUGUAACCGUUUAAAAAUUUGUAUAUAUAUAUAUAUAUAUAUAUAUAAUACACGCUUGUAUAAAUAAGUUUAAUUGCUCGGAAGAUGUUGUGAACAUUACAACGAAACGUUAGCCAAUAAAUUUUAUAUUUUUGUUAUGUCUUGUGUGAAAGUCAUUUGCUGGGCUUUAAUUUUCAUUUUUAACUGACUCAAAAACAUAGAGAACGCUUUGUUUCCCCUUCCAUCGCCCAAUAUUAUAAUUGAUAGUGGGGAUUUCCUGUUCGCUUCACGACUGAUGUAUUUCAUUUCCUUCUUAAUUAAAUGAAGUGGUCAGUGUAUAUUAAUUAAUUAAUUAACGAGUAGGGGAAGAGAAUCUUAACUCACGCAUUACUAAUUACAAAACCGCACUAAUCUUGGUGUUAAAUUACGCUUUCCACCCGGUGUAUCAAUCGCUACUGUUUUUGAGUAGUUAAACAUUGCCCGGCGCCUGAAGCAAAACAUUAAAGAUAUAUUGAGAAUGAUGAAAAUUAAAAUGUUAUCGUAUUAAUUAAAAUGCUUGUAAUGUUUCAUAUAGUUUUACGUCAUUUCUUCUAUAUGUUGUUAGGAACAAAGUGGAGAUUUCUAGAGCGACAUGUUUCGCCACACAAUCACAUUUCUCCUGAUAUUUUUGGUGGCAAAUCACGAUUUUGCUGCAGCACGAAGCGUUGAAUUUGUCCCGGAAAAACCGAUUGAACGACUACAGAAGAGAGAUGUAGUUGGAAAACAUUUAGAAGGUAGCUAGGGUACAAAUUAACCUUAAAAGGAAAUAAAAAAUCUUGAACAUUAUUCGAAUCAAGUGUACAUACAAUUUAUAAUUUUGUUUUCGCUUUCCAGUUAGCGAAACAGGCAUCGUUGAAGCACAUUCAAGAACAAAACGUGAGUAUGGCCCAUAUUCUAUCAGAUAUAACACCUCACUAAAUUCUGACCAUUUCAUUGGCAUAAAAUGGUAAGUUUAUUCAAUACCACGUGAUCAUAAUCAUGAUCACGUGAUAUUGAAUAAACUUACCAUUUUGGCAUUUUGCUCAGCGCAUGCAUUUUUGUGCUGUAUGUUGCACGGUCAAUUUUCCUGUUUGCUGAUUGGUCAAAACCGUAUCACGCGCCGGUUCACAAAACAUCAUGUUCACCGCGUGCUUUGGCGAGAGGGUGAACCGGUCAACAAUGAAACAAUUAUUGACUUGUCAAUAAUAAAACCGGAAGUGGGGCACGAGUUGUUCGCGUCAACAUAGACCAACAAGUUUAAUAAAGCUUUUUCAAGAGUUUCAGCAUGUCUGUCGGUCAGUUUUAUUACAGUUUAAGAAUACCAGGUGAAUUAUUGAGACUUGACACUUGUUAUAUAAUAAAACAUUUAUUUACCGAGACCUCGAUGAAAUAUAUAUAGUGGUUUUUUCACUGAGCCAGUUCAGACCAGUGAAAUUGGAGCCAGUAUUGUGACUAUUGUUAACCGUUCCACCAAGGGUUUUUUUUCAUGUAUUAUUUGUAAUCAUUGAAGUCAUUCUCUACAAAAUAAGGGACCGGUCAUUAAUAAUGGGAGGGGGGCUUUUUUAAUACUUUCCGCUACUCAUUUUCAAAAUAUUUAAACCUUUUAUAGUUCCUAUAAUCGUAGUUUCCAUAGUUCAUUACGUAUAUGCGUGCAGUUCACCAUAGGAAGCGGACUAAAUAACAACCAUUUUGAAUGCUGGUCCCCAGUACUUGUCCCAUUACUUAUUUUACACCAAAAAUGUAACAAAUUAAAUGCCAGUUGGAGGGAGGGGUCUUAUGUUUUCUAGAUGAAGGUGGGAGCGUCUUGAAAAUAAAGGUCUUGCGAUUGGGGGAGGCUCUAAAAAAUGUUCAAUAUUUGGUAUUUAUCACCCAUCACCUCCCUCCCAUUAUUAAUGACCGGUCCCUAACUUCCUGUUUUUGUGGACGUUGAGCACAAGCACAUAUUUCGAACAUUAAAACAAUCUACAAAUUAAAAUACAUACACAGUUUACACAAUAGCAAAACAAAGUUUAUAAUAAGGUUUGACAACACAAGUAUUGCAGGAAUUAAAAAAUGAAGCUAUCGCUAAAUGGAAAAUGUUAUUUAGGGCCGAUUUACAUUACACAAAUUUUAAUUUGUGUAAAACUGUCUCAUGCAACCUGCUUACAAACUUGAGGGCCCUUGAGUAGUGACUGUGAUCAAGCACACAACUCACAAAAGUUGCAUGCCGUAUAAAUUGGCCGUUAGCCGUUAGGAAGCCGCUUUAUAAAUGCAAAACUUGAGAACAUUUUGUACGCGGCUCAUUCGUUACAUUUCUCAAUUUAUUUUCCUCCAAACACAAGGCUACUGGAGGACUGCCAGUUAACCACACCUUGCAGCACAAACCAGGAACUAAUGCGAAUUUUCUGUAAUUGAUUUUCAGGAUUUUCAGGUGGAAGCGCGUUUAGAUUGGGUCUAUCUAUAUCUUCUGGGACCGCUUUUGCACUCAGUACUGGCACAACGGUAUGUCUGAAACAAAAGCAGCUUCAGUUUCGGUUAGAAUCAAGGUUGCUUUAAAGUCAGGCUUUAGUCAAUGUCUACCAACUUCUCAACGAAGGACCUUCGCUCGAAACGUCGAGCUUUGUAUUUUUCAGGUAGUUGCAUCCCUAGCAACGAAAGCUUGUUAUUAUUGGGACUACUUAGGGGCGGACCAUUUGAUUUUUGAGGGGGGGGGUGGAAGAUUCAGUCUGUGCAAGAAUUUUUUUUCCGCCCAGGCGAACGAGACAGAUAUUUUUUCCUGUAAAAGUGCAGCGCAAGAUAUUUUUUUCCCAAUAUAUUUGGCCGCAGGAUAUUUUUUUUGCCUCUCAUAAUAACGGCUUACGGCAUGUAGUAAAACACUGACUACCGGAACACCACCGGAACACCACCAUUUUGUUUGGGGUUAGGGUUUGGGGUUAGGGUUAGGGUUGGGGGUUAGGGUUGGGGUUAGGGUUAGGAUUAGAUGGUGUUCCGGUGUUCCGGUGGUGUUCCGGUGGUGUUCCGGUGUUCCGGUAGUCAGUGUUUUACUACAUGCCACGGCUUACAGUAACUUUAGGCUUUCAUAUAGCUAUCAUCGGAGACGUAGCAGGGGUUUUCAGUCAGAGGAGGCCGAGAACUGAAUCCCAAGAGGGGCCAAGGAAUUUUCACUGUGCUUUAUUUUAUAUGGUUAUGUCUUAAUGUUCCCCACACUAAAGCGUGCAAGUUUACUUACAAAGGAUGUAUAACUGCACCAAAACCUAAAACAUGCAGGGAUAGAGUAUAGUACUCGAAAAUGGGGGAGGGUACAGUAUAUGAAUGACCUGUAACCUUGGGGGGUUCGGGGGCAUGCUCCCCCGAGAAAAUUUUAAAAUUUGAACCUCGGAAAUGCUAUUUCCUGCGUUUUCAGCCAUGGAUAAUUAUCUUAAGCCCAGAUUUUCUCAGAGGGGGACAACAAUUUUGCCAGGGAACACCACUGGUUAUCGUAUGUCAGAGGCUCCAAAGGCGGUAGAAUCCCUGUGAUGUUAUCCACUGUUCACCCCGUGUUCUUUUAAGCAAAUGUGCCUGCUCAAAAAUGCAAAAUCUUGCAAGCCUGUGGACACAAUACUGAAGUGAAGGCAUCGGUAGAGUUACAUGUAGAAAAUUUUUUUUUGAGCGCUCUCUUUUGCAUGAUUUUUUUUUUCUCGAUUGUGUGCUGCAUGAUUUUUUUUUUCUUUCUCCUUGGGUUGCAGGAAAUUUUUUUUCGAAAUCUUCCACCCCCCCCCCCCCCUCAAAAGUCAAAUGGUCCGCCCCUUACACUGGCACAGAGGCCAUUCAAGAUUUAGUCAAUGUCAUCUGUUCUCACGCGUACAUUCACAUAUUUAAUGUGUAUAGGACGUGCACUAUGAAAUUAUUACCAGCUCGGGGGAAUUGGCCUAUCACACUUUGUGUAAUCGACAUUAAAACAAUAAUUUUCCCAUUUUUAGCUAUACCAUGCCAUACGAAAGUGCAAGGAUUAUAGACCUCAUGAUUGUAAAAGUCCAAAUUGUCAAUAUCUUUCCUGCCCCAGUACCUGCAAAGGCCCGGACACGAACAGAGAGUAUGUCGAGGACGAAAGAAAAGCUGUCAAAGCAAAAUUGACAGUCAUGGAUAACACUCAGCGUGAUGGUAUGACAUAUAAUUGUCAUUAAGGGGAGAUUUUUGAAGACAUAUUUAUUACGAUGCAAGUAACUAUCUUAGUGGGUUUGUUAGUUUCUGGCAACAGUUAUAAUUGUAUCUUAUACUUUUUGAUCUUAUAGUCAGGCAGAUAGAGGAUCAAAAUUAUGGAAAACUUUAUCGUGGGACAAUUCCAUUUUGCCUUCAUAUUGUGCCUGAAGGCUAGUAAGUACGUUUCUGUAUGUUGGCCGCGUUAAAAUUUCUUCCUGGGUACUAGUCUGAAAACACGCAUUCAACGGCUCAUAACUCAAGAAGAACUUGAAAAACCUGAAUAACCGUUUAAAUGUCUUAUAUGUAGUUUUUUGCAAGAUUUCAAAUGCUGUAAGUCAUUUGUGUCAGACAUGUAUUUGAAAUUUCACAUUUUUUAACUGUAAUAGAGUUUAAUACAAAAUUCUAAGAAAAACGUUGGCAGGAGCCCACAAGAAAUUUUAACGCGGCCAACAUACAGAAACGUACCUACUAGCCUUCAGGGCACAAUAUGAAGGCAAAAUGAACGUGAUAACUCGUCUUGCUAACAGAGACACACAUACACACACAAACUUAAUGACCUCCUUAAUUACGAGGGAAUUAUUCACGCGUACUUUUUUCCAUUUAAUAUGUAGCGUUCAAUUUGGCAACGAAAGCAAUCAACGCCGGUUUAAACAACCAACGUAUUUUCACGGAAAUCGAUAGAAUUAAUCAAAAAGUGGACGAACUGGUAUUUAGUAUCGCACAAUUGGAUAUUAAAUUCGCGACGCUUUUGAGGAACAGCAGCGUUGCUAUCGGGGUAAGGUGGUGUUUGUGAUUUAGGAUUUUAUAGGACUUGUAACAGAAACGGUAGCAGUAUCAUUACAGACAGUUUACUACAAUGGACGACUUGCGCUUUAGACUAAAUUUUAAUCUAAGUAAGAACAACGAAAUAUAUCACCACAGCUAGAAAGAGCGUCUUGGAACUAGUAAUAUUACAAAGUUUGGUUGCGAAAUGUUGUAAAAUACGGAAAAUAUAGCCCUUCAAAGUUGGCAAAUUUGUAUACUUUUGUAUUACGUUCGUGAAUUGGUAACUAAAUUAGUUACCAAUUUUCGCACGUAAUAGAAAUGUAUACAAAUUUGCCAACUUCGCGGCAGGGCUAUAUUUUCCGUGUUUUACAACAUUUCGCAACCAAACUUUGCAGUUUUUCUAAUUUUGAUAACUUCUUUCCGAAAAUAUCCUUUGUUAUUCCCAGAUUAAAAAUUUUUCUGAAGCGCAAGUCGUCCAUUGACUUCGAAAAUUCUUUGCCCACAAGUUCUCUAAAUUUCGCUUGUGAAACUCAUUAACAAUUCACGAAGACAGAACUGAGCAAAUACAAAAGAAAUCACGAGCGUGAAGGAGUUUGUAUAUCUGAUACAAAAUCACACUGAUUUACAUAGAAUUUAAGUUCAAUUUUGUCACCAAAUAUCAUUCAUUUAAAAAUCUAUUUUCAUUUCUUUAGACGUUACUAAGAGACAAACGGUUGUCGUUGAAUGAUAUUGUUUCAAGCCCGGAAAUCGAGGGACUGUUUGAUAAAUGGACAUGGGAAGGGACUGGAGUUUUCGUUCUAUCCAUUGCACUUCCACUCUCGUUAUAUGCAUUUAACUACCUCAGGCAAAGGCAUGCAGUUAAUCAGGUAUUUUUUUCGUGGAAGAUUAAUACUGGGAACUAGCCAGAGUGUGACCAGAUUUUUUCAGCAGUUAUUACCAAAAUUUUGUUCAAAUUUUACUAAAUUAAGUCUCAGUUUAAGAAAAAUUUUACCAAAUUGUCGGCUUCCCAAAUAAUUACGCCAUAAUAAUGCCAAAAAACAAUAGUUACGUCAUCAAAGUAGAAAAAAUAUGUCCAAAAAGGUAUCUCGGAAUAUUGUUGCUUUCAUCGUAGUUGCAGUUUUUGCUAAUGAUAAGGCUUUAUGUCUUAGGCUUGGCAGUUCUGUUCAUCACUUUGAGCACGUUCAUAAACAAGAAACACACAUUUUUACCAAAAUGAUUACUAAUAAUUAAAACUUUCUGAUCAAAGUUUACCAAAAUUUUACCAGAAAAAACUUAUUAUACCAAAUUUUCUUGAAAAUUCACGAAAUUUUACCAAAAGUAAAACUUUUUACCAAAUCUGGUCACACUGGCAGUGCGAACAAAAUUAGAAUACUCUUGAAGCUAGGUUGCUAAGAAGUGAUUCAUCUUGACAUGCAGAUGGUUUGCCCAUCUUCAGGAAACAUGGCUAUGAAACAAUAUUUCCUGGUUUGCCUAUCAACAUAUUAAUUACAAUGAUGAUUCUCGUAAUGAAUUAAUGACCAUCAUUUUUUAUUUUUUAGAUUUAUAAAAGCCUUAAAACAGAUUUUAGUGCACGUUUCGUGAACCAAAAAACAAGCGGCCUAAACCCGAACGCCAAAAUCAAUAACAAAUUCGCGUAUGUACAAGGUGUGACGACGAAAACGAUCGACAAACAACUCAAAGGGACUGCAAAGGCUAUUCAUGCAUCCAAUCAAGCGUCUCAAAAAGUCACAAAAGUUGAAAAAUUCGUGAAUACUUAUAUUACACCUGCCAUUAAUGUAAUUGUUACAAGUAAGACAAGUACAUGUAUAUUAUAUAUAUAAAGGAGGAUUUCAGGGCGGCCCACUAAUGAUAAUACAUAUAAUAAUAAUAAUAAUAAUAAUAAUAAUUUAUGCCCGAGUUACGUUUAUAAUUUGCCCGACUUCAUUUUGACUGGGGGGCAGCUGCCCCCCAGCCGCCCCCCCCCCCGCCUCCCCCGUACGCCUAGGCUGGAAUUUCACGGAUUCGAAAGUAAUUUUAGUAUGUCUGUCAUGCGUAUUUGAAGCUCCUUAAAUUUCCCGGGAUAUUCAACCCAUGAUUUAUUCUGGCCCAGCAUCUUCCGCAUGUAUCCCGUGAUCCAGUUGGGGUUUAGGUCGCAACCAAUUUCGCCCGCCAAUCAAAAGGCGACGCCUGCGGAGGAGGCUGACCCAGACCAAUCGGUACCACAGACAACCCAUAUAAACCGAAAUGUUUUACCCUUCAUUUAUUUAGUUUCUUUGAAAAAAAAAUAUAAAUAAAUAAAUAAAUUUUUAUUAUUAUUAUUCCAGGUGAUCUUGAUACGCGGAAAAGUACUGGCACUAGUUGUCAAAUAGAAAUCCAUUUUAUGAUUAAAACAACUGAAUAUCUCCUGUAAUAUACUUUAUUUCGAUUCCAUAUUUUUAUCAGAGCUAUAGUUCUCAUAACCAAACAUAAUUACAAAAUUUCAACUAGUUUCAUAAAGAAUAAUGAAAGAUAUAAUUGACUGAAUACAUCAAAAUGGAUUUCUACUCGGACAACCCUUUCUGAGCGCUGAUUGGCUAAAAUACGAACAUGAGAUCACCUGGUUAUUAUUACCACAGACAACCCAUAUAAACCGAAAUGUUUUACCCUUCAUUUAUUUAGUUUUAUCUGUAUGGGCGACGUACCAGCAGAUUAAUAAUUGCCAAUUGAUCGCCAAUGAUAUGCAAGAAACUGCAAUUGAUAUGGCAGAGGAAGCCGAUGAAAUUGAAAAAAUUAAACAGCUUCAAGUCGACCCAUUGUUACGAAACGUUACAACCCAGGUAACCCAACGUGCUACACGAUUUUAAAUUCUAGUCAAGUAACGGUUAACAUUGCAACAACUUACAAGAUCGAACGAUAUAUAUAUACAUUAGACAGUUCAUCAAGACGCGCCAUAUUACCCUAGGCCACUUCGUACGGCCGGGCGUUCUUACGCGUUCUCGUUAUAAUUAUAAAACGCGUCACAGGUGAAUCAGGGGAGUGGUUGCGAUGAGAGUGCUAGCCUUUCAUCUAUGGUCCCUUUCCAUAGAUAUCUUAUAUACACUAGAUAGUGCAUCUAAUUAUUCUGCAAUUCAAAAAUUGAAGCCGUGAUUGCACUCUCAGGAUAUUCCCAUGAAAUGAGAAGACUCGUAUGUUUUCUAUUUCUUAAACAGGGAACUUAAACAUUAAGUUAAGCCUAUUCCAAAUACAUUUUCAAACUAUUCAAAUGAUGAAAGUUAUUGUUGUUUUUUAAGCGUUUAUUAGCGAGUGGGAAACUUCAACAUGACCGCCAUCUAUUCAAAUGGGAGUAACCGCUGGAAUAUUCUUGGCUUCAAUUUUACUAAAAGAGAUGCGCUAUCUAGUGUAUAUAAGAUAUCUAUGUCCCUUUCCGCUGUAUGAGUAUUGUUUGUUAGGUUGAGGGCAGGGAUUUACUUUCGUUGGGUAAUUUCCCCUGGGUCAUUUUCUUCUCGGCCUUCGUUGUUGUCUGCCUCCACCAAGCAAGUCAGGGAGCUUAAAUUAAGCAAACGACGUUUUUGUCAACACUCGGAUGUUAUCCGAAAAUUGGUAUAACUAAUCAGUGUCGCUACAUGUUGCUACGAGCUUGUUGUCAUCAACUUGGUAACAACUUGUUACGUGCAAACACAUGUCACAACUCGAUCAACUCGGCAAAUGUACUGGAGGAUUUGCAAUGGCCCACGCUCGAUGUAAUACGUCAUAGGCUGAAGAGCGUUUUGAUGUACAAAAAUUAAUGAGCAGUCCGCUCCAAGUUUUAGAGAAAAAUUUAUAGAAAUUAAAGAUCUUAAUAGAGAAUAUAAUCUUCGACUGAAGUAAUGAUACUGAUCUAGCACUUCCAAAACCUAAAACAAACUAUCUUAAACGAAGUUUUAAGUAUAGUGGUGUAAUGCUGUGGAAUAGUCUUCCUUCUGAGGCGAAAAAGGCAUCUUCGCUCUACCAAUUUAAACGCAGUAUGUCCACUAUACCAGAGACUAGGAUAUGAUUUAAAAUAGUUUGUACAGGGGCGUAGGAACCGGGGGCAUGUGCCCCCCCCCCAAUUUUUUCAAAGGACUAAAAGUGCCCUUUUUUGUGAUGCAAAGUGCCCUUUUUUGUGAUGAAAAGUGCUCUUUUUGUACAAGCUAAUGUCGCUGUAUAUACUAAAUUAACAUCAGAGGUGCUCUUUUUCGGUUUGGAUGAUUUCCAAGUUUUUUAAAAACAUUUGGCCAGAAACGUGCAAUCUCGGUGUGGUACGACGGGAAAAGUUUUCUUCCCCCCCCCCCGUCGCCAACAUUUCCGGGAAAAAUUUUUUAGUACCCUUUUCAAUACCCUAAAGUGUCCCUAGAAGCGGUGUCCCCUCCCCCAAUCUUUUGAUGCUUCCUACGCCCCUGAGUUUGUAAGUAUAACACGCCCAAUCUGAAAAUCAACACAUUGUAUUUUACAAUUAUGUUGUGUAUGGCUAGCGUGGUAAAAUCCUUCGUAUUUACAGGCUUGGCCUAACGUUCGAGGAAUGAUGACAAAUGAGACGACACUUGAUUGGUUGGAUGGAAUUCGAAACCUCUCACUCGGUGCGAGCAAUUCUAACGGCUCAAUCGCAAAUGUUAUUCAAGAUUUCAUUGACAAGAUAGCAUCUGCAAACUACGAUAAAUUCAUCGCAUUACAAACCGAACUCAUUACUGCUUUGAAAUCCGUCGACUACGAGUACACAUGCCUCGCAAACAAGCAGAAGGCUAUAACAACCGUCAUUACGGAUUGCAGAAUUGGGCGUCUGCCUUUCCCAGAAUUGUACGAUUAUGCCACCAAUAAACAUAGUCUGAAUGUGCCCGCCUGCAUUUCAAAAGGCAUCUUUCCCUAUACUACCGAAGCUCAGUUCUUUACGAUUUUGAACGCAACUGCCGCACACCAGGGCUGGUACAGCAAAUGUCUGUUAAACAACAAUGAUUUACUUUAUCGUGUUUGCGCAGAGAAAAUUAAAGGUAUGAGUAACAUAUUAAGACUACAUAACCAAAAACAAAUAUAAAAAUACUAAACAUGAGUUGUAGUAUAUAUUUGUAUAAGCGGUGUUAUUUUUACUGCCUUACUACUUUUGUUUUCAUAUCUUGCUGUUUAUUGGCCCCUUACCCUAACCCAUACCUAUGUCACAGAAUAGAGAGGCACAGAAGGUCGACUCAGGUAAAAAAGCGUUACCGCUACCACGCCAUGAUUCACAUGAUUCGUCAUCAAAAUGCUGACGUCAUGGUCCUAGCCAGCGUGCUUAUAAGAGGCAUGAUUCACCCCCCUGGACAUCCGCUAUUUUGAAUAUUUUCAGGGAGGUGAAAGCCUCUCAUUAGCGUAUACUGGCUAGGACCAUUGCAACAGUUACGCCGAAAUCAUAGGCAAAACUAAGAAGUCGACCUUCUGUGCGUGUCUAUUCUGUACCAAUGGUUAAAAGUUUCAAUUAACGCAAUGUUGCAGGAUACAACACACCAGCAGAGAUUGUAAACCAGGUGAACAGGACGGGAUUGACAGAAGACAUGAUCCCAAAUUUCCUUGCUAGAUGCCCACCUCCCAAGAUUACACCGAAGAGCAUAAUUGACACCUGUGAACUUUACUGUCUGUAUCAACCUGUGUCCAAAAUCGCAAAAACCGUGGUCUUGCUUGAAAGCCAAGUGGAGUAUAUCAUGAAGACCUGUCCUAUUUGCAGCGUCACGGAGACAAAGUUAAAGCAAAUCUGUAAUUUUUACUCCUGCGAAGGACAAAAUGCAUCGACCAUCGAGAAAACUGUCGAAAAGCCGCUACCGACCGUCGAAUUUAUCAUCGCGAACAACUGCUCAGGAUGUGCGAUUGACGACCCAGCACUGAAGAAAACUAUUUGCGUGAGGUCUCAAUGCAGAGGUCAUUCCGCGGCAAAAAUUGCAAACGAUGUUGGCUACUCCGAAUCGGCUGUAGAUGGUGUCUUUCUAGAAUGUACUACUAUUGUGCCUUCAUGUCUCGAUGCGAUUACUGGAGACGAUAGGAAGAAGGUUUUUGAUCUAGAUUGUUAUAGCGUUCCAGUAACAUCGUUACCGUUUCUCACCGAUUUAACACUCCAGGUUGUCAAGGAGGUCCUCGAAGUAAUUAAGGGACAGGUAUGUUUGUUACGUUUUUUUUGCGUCAAAUUUCGAACGGUCUCCUAUAUAUUAGUAUUCAAGACCUAACUGAUAGCAUCUCUAUCAUUUUAUCACCGAAGUCGACUCAGGCACAGAAUAGGAAGUUAUACCAGAAGCGUAACUCUAGUCGUUUCCCUUAUUGUUUGACGUCGACGAAAAUUUUUAACUCGCUCACGUCAGGCCACGCCAUCCUGGCUAGUACAGCCGGAAGUUUUUAUCAGGAUUUAGUAGGUACAAAGUGCCGGUUGUACUAGCCAGGAUGGCGUGAUUGAUGACGAAUCGCUUGUAAAAACGCGGACAAAUAUUUGCUCGAGUUACGCUUCUGGUAUAACUUCCUAUUCUGUGACUCAGCCAAAAAAGCGUAAUCGUUGCGGCGCUGUAACGCCAUAAUUCGCAAUGAUUCGUCGUCAAAAUGCUGUCGCCAUGGACCUAGUCAGUGCAUUGCAUUGAUGCAUUGUCACCCCCCUGAACGUACUCCAUUUUAAAUAUUCUCAGGGGGUGAAUGCCUCUUAUAAACCAUGGCGACGCCGCGACAGCAUUGGUUACAUCAUGGGCAAAACCAAGAAGUCGACCUUCUCUAUGUCUCUAUAUAUUCUGUGAUUUUUCGAGGAAUUUCGCGGAAUUUCGCUUUGUAUUUUUCAGGUAGUUGCAUCCCUAGCAAUGAAAGCUUGUAUGUUUUAUAUAGCUCUUUACACAAUGGCAACAAUAUAUCCCAUGACGAAGCUAUAUAUAAACAGGCUUUUGUGAUUGGUUUAUUAUAACAAUGAAACACAAUAAAGCCAUAGAAUAGAUUUUCUAAACAACGAGUCAUGAACAUUGGUCACUUUUGUUUACCAAAGUCAAUUACAAAACUUGUUCAUUUUAACUACGUCCUUACUGGCACAACAUACAAACCAAAUAAGCUUAAUUCAGUUAGUCUGCGGGCCAUCGUAACAUAGCUCAAGAUUAAUAACUCGUUCAUUUAUCCUCAGGGCCGCCGAGAGAAUUUGCGGGGCCCUGGGCAAAUCUUCCUUGGGGGCCCCAUGACAGCAUUAUUUUUAAGCUGGACCUUAGCUAGACUGCAAUUUAAAGAACUUACUCAAUUUUAGGCUCUCGUUCUCAAGUUGGGGCCUUAAGGUGGGGGCCCAGGGCAAUUUGCCUCCCCCCAGCUGCCCCUUCUCUCGGCGGCCCUGCUUAUCCUGUCUAAUUCUCUCGUUUUCUUUUCAGACAUGUCCACCUCCACUUCAAUUUAAACAGAGCAACGGAUAAUUUCGUCCAUUCACUUGUUCAUGAUUAUUUAAUCUACAUACAGUAGCAUUAGCGUUCAUACUGUGAAGAAUUAGUUCAUUAUUUUCGAUAUUUAUCUAGCUUACUUUAUUGAAUAGGUUUUAGCAUGUAGUGGUCAGUAGUUUUGUAACUUAUGUAAUUUCUUGUUUUCACGCAAUUGUUUGUCAUUCUUUAUUUAAUUUGAUAAAAUAAAACACGUCUCAAAUGACUUGAAUAGCAUUCUUGUUCACAC